AUGGCUACAGCACUAGUAUCUGCAGGAUAAUCAAUAAGUAAAUUGCUUUCAUUUAAAGGUUUAGUUGGAACUUAUGUACAACAAGAUAUAGAGACAAGAUUACAAUAAGAAGUGUACAAAAAGUAAAUAAGAGUGAGGGAAUUCUUCACAGAUUUUGAUCGUCUCCGUAAAGGUUGGGUGACAGAAGAUAAGUUUCGAUCUGCCUUGUCAAUGAUAAAUUUCCACUUUACAAGGGAUGAAAUUGAGGAAAUCAUUAGGAGAUAUAAACUCAAUGAUGGAUUAGUCUAGUACACCACAUUCUGUAACAAGCUUGAAGAGCAAUUCUUAAAUAGUGAGGCUAAGGCUUAAGUGUUUUAGGCUCCCCAAAUCUUCAAUAAGGAUGAGGAAGACACCGUGAAGAGAUUGAUGUUGGCAAUAAAAAGGAAAAUAGCAACCAAACGAAUAUUCUUGAAACAGCCAUUCCAGGAUUUUGAUAGAACUGCCUGUUCCCAUAUCACCAUUGAUCAAUUUUCAAGGGUGCUCAAUUAAUUAGGAUUACUACCUAAGGAUUAAUAUUUGUAAUUGCUUAUCAGAUAAUACAUUGAUAAUGGAAAUCCUAAGGAAGUCAAUUAUGUUAAAUUUUGUGAUGAUGUUGAUAAUGUCCAAGAAAUGCUAAGUGGUGUUAUCACUGGUAUUAAGCAUAAUCCAAAAGAAGUUCAUCCUGAUGAUGAUUUCAUUGAAGACAAAGAAGGACUUGAUUUGAUUUCUACUUUGUUUACUUCCAAGAAAUUAACUGAUAACAUCAACACCUUGGAAUAGGUAUUGAAGAAGAUUUAAGGAGAUGUAGUUAUGAAGAGAAUCAGAAUCAGGGAGUUCUACAAGGACUUUGAUCCCUUGAGAAAAGGACUAGUUACUGAAUCUCAAUUUGCUAGAAUAUUGCAUCUUCAAAACAUUCCUGUUACUGAAAAGGAAAUAACCAUACUAUUGAAUCACUAUAAAAUUGACAGCAUUCCCAAUGGUCAGGUAGAUUACAAUCAAUUCUGUGAAGAUGUCGAUAAGAUUUUCACUAUCAAGGGAAUCGAUAAAUCUCCUUAAGCCUAAGUUCCUUAGAUUGAUGAUACAACUACACUACCAGCUAGAAGGAGAUAUUUAUAAAUGACAGAGUAAGAAGCCAUUUAAUUGGAUGAAUUAUUGAUGAAAUAUAAACAAGCCAUUCAAAAUAAACGAGUUCUCUUGAAACCAGUCUUCGAAGAUUUUGAUAAGACCAAGUAAGGGUACAUCACCACUAAUCAAUUCUUAAGAAUUCUUAAUUAAUUCAACUUAUUCCCAGACCCUGUAUCAUUGAAUUUACUAUUGAAAAGAUUUGUUGAUAAAGCCAAUUUAAAUGAAGUCAAUUACUAUGAUUUCUGUAGAAUAGUUGAUCAAUCUGAUGAAGGUGUUGCUAUAAGUAGAUCUCAUGCAGACGCAUUCAAAAACUAUGUUAAGUCAGACAAUGUUAGUUAAGCAUUCAUCAGAAAUGAUUAACCAAAUGAUUUUGAAGAUCUUAUGGCUAAAUUAAGAAGAAUAGUUAAGGAAUAGAGACAAAGAGUUGCAGAAUUCCUUAAAGAUUUCGACAAAUUAAGAAGUGGAACCAUUACUGUCACUCAAUUAAGAAAAGGCUUAAGCAUGGCCAAGAUUCUAUUGUCUGAUGCUGAAUUCCAAUUGAUUCUAUAGAACUUUGGAUGCAAAGACAAACUAAACUUUGUUUAUUGGAAAGAUUUCACUGAUUAAGUGGAUUAGGUUUUCACAACUAAGAAUCUUGAAAAAGUCAGUCCUUCAGAGGAUGUGCCUCUGAUGUCAACCUAAUAUAAUUAUGGUAGAGUUUCAAUAACAGAGAGAGAUCGAUAAGUGGCUGAAGUUAUAAAGAAGAAAUUUUAAUAUUUCUGCAAAGCUACUAGACUGGAUAUCAAAUAGUUUUUCUAAGAUUGGGAUAAGUUGGGUAGGAACAAAGUGUCUCCUAAGUAAUUCAGAUAGACCUUGGCCACCGUCAAUUUCAUUUUAUCUGAUGAAGAAUUCUAAGCAGUUGUCAAAAUAUAUGCUGCUGAAGAUGAUGGAGAUAUUAGAUAUGUUUAGUUUAUCAAUGAUACUCAACCUCCCUUGGAAAUAUAAACAGAAUCAGGGGCAUCUCAAGCAUAUGUGGGAGUAAAACCAAAAGAGAAAGAAAAAUUACAACCAUCUGUACUCUUAGAAUAAAUUAAAGUGGCUGUUAAGAUCAAAAGAUUGAGAUUGGGUGAUUAUUUCAAAGAUUUUGAUCCUCUAAGAAAAGGAUUGAUGCCUACCAAUAAAUUUAGAGGAGUGUUGAGUCAAAUGAAGAUAGAUUUGGAUCAAGAGAGUUUAGACCUAUUAGAAACCAUGUAUGUUGUACCAGAAGAUCCCAUUAGAGUGAAUUACGCUAAAUUCAUUGAGGAUGUUGAAAUUGUAUUUACAAAAUCUGGAUUGGAUAAAGAUCCAUUGAUGAAACCUCCUGUCCAUGUUAUUCCAACUUUCCUUGAUCCAAGAGAUGCCUUAACUUCAGAAGAAGAGGAGGCCUUGCAUACUAUUAUGUUAAGAUUGGGGGAAGUCGUUAAAAAACAUAGAAUCCUACUCAAACCUCACUUCCAAGAUAAGGUAAUGUAUGUCAUUCACAUUUUAUAGGACAAAACUAAAUCUGGAAAGAUUACUUUUACUCGAUUUAGAUCUAUUAUGGAUUUUCAUAAAUUGCCAUUAACUGAUGAUUAAUUUAGAGUCAUUUGCAAAAGAUUUGCUUACUAGGGUAUUGAAUUCAAUUAUGUGGAAUUUGAUGAAAUUUUAAAGAAAUACGAGAAUUUUUAUCAAUGA